AUGACCAUGACUGCCACCUUUGCAGGAGAAAGGAGCUUUUCUCAAUUGCUACACCAGGACUUCUUCAAUAUUGCACCAGGUCAAUCCGACCUACACGACUCGUCGAAAAUCGCCGAGUAUUCAGCUGCGAAGAUCAAGUUGGCUAGAGAGGUCAUGGAGGCGAUUACUGAACGCACAGACAUGUUUGAGAUGAACUCCAAAGGCGGGUUCAAUACUGCUGGAUUGUCUUCCGCUAUGAAGAAGAUCUUUACCGCAUCACUGAUCAUACGGCAUAUUCCGCUCUCUGUGAUGUACGCGGCCUCCGGAUGGAUGUCUUCAAAGAACGACACUGAAACAAACUUGAAAAUACUGACAACGAAGCUUCGCUCUGACCCAAAGUUGUCUCGGGGAAUCAUGACAUACGCGGCACAACUAUUCCAUCUAAUUCGCAACCAGAACUGGCUCGAUGCUUAUGAUCCGCUUUAUUUGCUACUUGCAACGCUCUACAUAUGGUUUUUUGACAGGGUCCUAGGGAAGCCGGCAGAUUUGGGGGCGUGGGUAGUUCUGAGACUUGAUAGGGAGCAUUCCGAUGUAUCAAGAUGGGUAAAGGGUGAGCGAAUCCUACGUCCCCAUAUAACCGGCAUAGGGGUUCUGAAUGGCGAAGAGAGUGUCCCUCGAAUACUGAAAGAAGCCAUUCGGAUUCUGGACUUUGAGCAAGGAUGGCGCCCUUUUGCUCGUGUAAUUAGUGAUUCUUUGCAGCGGAUUUUGUCUGGUUUGUUACCUUGA